AGCCAUCUCACUGUUUCCAGAGUCCUUGGGAGUUCCGGAGUCCCCUGCUGACACGCUGACUGUCGCUAUGGGCAGAAGGUGCCCCCAGGCUCGAGGGUGUCCAAGCAGCUCAUAUUGCAAAUUAUAACCGAUUCCCGACACCGUUGCUGACGCCCAGAGAUCCAUGUCAGAAGUACUUCCAGCUGACUCAGGUGUUGUCACCUUGGCAGUGUUUAUGGCCAGCAGUGGAACCACAGACGUUGCAAAUCGGAACAGCCCAGCCACACCACCCAACACCCUUAAUCUCCGCUCCUCCCACAAUGAACUGUUGAACGCUGAGAUCAAACACUCAGAUGCCAAGAACAGCACACCCCCCAAAUGCAGGAAGAAAUAUGCACUGACUAACAUCCAGGCGGCCAUGGGUCUCUCAGAUCCAGCCAUACAGCCUCUGCUGGGAAACGGCUCUUCCAACAUCAAGCUGGUGAAAAAUGGGGAGAACCAACUCCGCAAGGCUGCAGAACAGGGGCAGCAGGACCCCAACAAAAACAUCAGCCCCACGGGGGUCAUCAACCUAACUUCCGAGAAGCUGGAGGUAAAAGAUCUCCACCCACCGGAGUCCUCAGGCUGUGAGAUUUUGCCCUCCCAGCCCAGGAGAACUAAGAGCUUCCUCAAUUACUAUGCAGAUCUAGAAACCUCGGCUCGAGAGCUGGGGCAGAAUCUGGGCCCCUGCCAAGGGGUCGGGGAGGAGAAAGCCCAGCCAGGCCCAGGCCAGGCCCCUGUAGUCAUUGGAAAUGGUGAUUUGCUGCUGCAGAAACCAGACAGACCCCAGUCCAGCCCAGAGGAUGGCCAAGUAGCCACAGUGUCAUCCAGCCCAGAGACCAAGAAGGACCACCCUAAAACAGGAGCCAAAACUGACUGUGCGCUCCACCGGAUCCAGAACCUGGCACCGAGUGAUGAGGAAUCCAGCUGGACAACACUGUCCCAAGACAGCGCCUCCCCCAGCUCCCCGGAUGAAACAGCAGAUAUCUGGAGUGACCAUUCAUUUCAGACGGAUCCGGAUUUACCACCGGGCUGGAAAAGAGUCCGUGACAUUGCUGGGACCUAUUAUUGGCACAUCCCGACAGGAACGACGCAGUGGGAACGGCCUGUCUCCAUCCCAUUGGACCUCCAGGGUUCUAGGAAAGGAUCACUUAGCUCUGUAACGCCAUCUCCCACCCCAGAGAAUGAGAAACAGCCAUGGAGUGAUUUUGCUGUUCUGAAUGGGGGAAAGAUUAAUAGUGACAUUUGGAAGGAUUUGCACGCAGCCACAGUUAACCCAGACCCCAGUCUGAAAGAGUUUGAAGGGGCCACGCUACGCUAUGCAUCCUUGAAACUCAGAAACGCCCCUCAUGCUGAUGACGAUGAUUCUUGUAGUGUCAACAGUGACCCAGAAGCCAAGUGUUUUGCUGUGCGCUCUCUGGGCUGGGUAGAGAUGGCAGAGGAGGACCUUGCCCCUGGGAAGAGCAGCGUUGCUGUCAACAACUGCAUCCGGCAGCUUUCCUACUGCAAAAAUGACAUCCGAGACACAGUCGGCAUUUGGGGAGAGGGCAAAGACAUGUAUCUGAUUUUGGAAAAUGACAUGCUCAGCCUGGUGGACCCCAUGGACCGCUCCGUGUUACACUCCCAGCCCAUCGUGAGCAUCCGCGUGUGGGGUGUGGGCCGAGACAAUGGCCGGGAUUUUGCUUAUGUCGCAAGAGACAAGGACACGAGGCUUCUGAAAUGUCACGUGUUUCGAUGUGACACACCAGCAAAAGCCAUUGCCACAAGUCUCCACGAAAUCUGUUCCAAGAUUAUGGCUGAACGGAAGAAUGCCAAAGCCUUGGCCUGCAGCUCCCUACAGGAGAGGACCAACAUGAGUCUCGAUGUCCCUCUGCAAGUAGAUUUUCCAACACCAAAGACAGAGCUGGUGCAGAAAUUCCACGUGCAGUACCUGGGCAUGUUACCUGUAGACAGACCUGUCGGCAUGGACACCCUGAACAGUGCCAUAGAAAGUCUUAUGACCUCAUCCAGCAAGGAGGAUUGGCCUUCGGUGAACAUGAACGUGGCGGAUGCCACUGUGACCGUCAUCAGUGAGAAGAACGAAGAGGAAGUCUUGGUGGAGUGCCGAGUGCGGUUUCUGUCCUUCAUGGGCGUCGGGAAGGAUGUGCAUACAUUCGCCUUCAUCAUGGACACUGGGAACCAACGCUUUGAGUGCCACGUGUUUUGGUGUGAGCCGAAUGCUGCCAAUGUGUCAGAAGCCGUCCAGGCUGCCUGCAUGUUGCGAUACCAGAAGUGCUUGGUAGCCAGGCCGCCUUCCCAGAAAGUUCGACCCCCACCCCCGCCCUCGGACUCCAUGACUAGAAGAGUCACAACUAAUGUAAAACGAGGGGUCUUGUCUCUCAUUGACACUUUGAAACAGAAACGUCCUGUCACAGAAACACCCUAGCAGCUCGGGGCCCGAAGGAUUCUGUCACUUUUACCUGGAAAAAAAAGAGUCAAAUAUCUCCACUAAAGAAGCUGACGGCUGGCCUUCCAUUCAGUUGCUGAUGCUUUGUCUCCAGAGAAUUUAUCCUUAACCAAACAGUGUUCGACAAGCAUGUGAUCUCGUCCUGCCGCCAUCAUGUGAUAUGAAAAGAAGCAUGAGUUUUUGUUUUGUUUUGUUUCUCUGUUAAGUUACAUCAGGAGGAGUGGAAGGUCUUUUCCUUAUUGUAAAUAUUGUGACCAGGACUUCACACACACUCAGAAGAAUGUGGCCACACCCUUCCGAGAGAACUAACGCUGCGUGCUUGGAGUGAACGAUGCCCAAGUUCAUUUCUCAGUCCUCUGGAUUGGAACUGCCACAAGCAACCUUGGGGUCCCUCGGCACUGUGCCCUGUUUUUGGCUUUUCAAACAGUCAGACCCUGAGUAACAGAUACCAUUGAAUUGCUUUCAAAAAUAAGGUGACGCAUUUGGGUUUUAGUUUUUCAUAAAAGUGAACCUGUCGGUUGACAAAAUUGGCUGUUGGCAUCAAUACAGACAUCAACCAGCCAUUUUCCUCAGUGAGCUCUCUCAUGCAUGGACACUGUUUCAUGUCUACAGCUGUUUGGGGUGCUGGGCAAAGGAAAACUUUAAAAUUGAUAGAAAACUAAAUUUGAGGAAUUAAAAUCAAGCAAAAAAAAUAGCCUUUCUUUUCAGAUGGUUUUCAAACUGGUUAUUUAAAAAAAAAGAGAUUAACAGUCAUCAUGCAUUUGGGAUGGGACAUAUUUCAAACUUCUGCCUUACAUUGUACAGUGCAGCUAGAGAAUUCAAGUAUACUAUGGCCAUUCUCUACCCACACCUGAAAAUGAAAUGUUCCUACACUUUCCAUCCUUAGUUAACCAGCUAAUAUGCACUUUAGAGUUGAGGAAAUGUCAUUUAUAUCUCUGUCACACACACACUAUGAUUUUAGAUCACCACUGUCUGACUCUUGUUCACAUUCUGGAGGUAAAUGUCCUCCAAGAAUUCCCAAUCUGCUACCACCUUUCUCUGUGCUUUUUGUCCAGAAAGCUGUCUACCCAUCAUCUUGUCCAUGGCAACAAUUUAAGUUGUACUUUUCUUGAAUUUAUGUAUUCAAUGUUAGAAAUUUGGUAAGACUUGACUAAGUAUGUUUUAAAAUUUCUAGUUUUCCAUUUUGCUUUCAAAAGGUUUUUUUUCUUCUCUGAGCAAAAUAUACACAGAAAUAAUGGAUUGUUUGAUAGUGUCCCCCAGAUAUCAUUUUCUUGCCUCUUUUUAUGUAGCUAAGAAGCCUAACUAUAAAGAUAUACCAAUUUAGACUCUUGUUGACAUUAUUUUAAAAAGAAGUUGCAAAGGAGAUCAAUCUUAAUAUUAUUCUUGUUGACUUUUAGUGUCAAAAUUAAUAUCAUUAUAAAAGUAAUGCUUUACGUUUAUACCCUGCUUUGCAGCAGUUGGAAUGCUUUCAACGGUUUUUUCACAUUUGAGCCUUACGAGGUAGAAGAGGUACUGAACUCAUUGAAGAAAUCAAAAUGCAGAGUGUUCUGUAUUAAGAGGCUAAGUGACCGAGGGUCUCACCAAAGUUCCUGAGAGCCAAAAUUAGGACCCACAGCUCCCAGCUUUGCCACAGUAUGCCUCCUCCACACAGUCAGGAAGCCCCUUCACAAAUGCCUCCUCCACACAGUCAGGAAGACCCUUCACAAAUGACUCUGGGUCCAGACAAAGAACAACAGAUAUUGAAAAUACUGUCAGGCAAUUUCAGAAUUCCCAUGUGUGUUAAGGAAAAUGUCCAGUUUAUCUACACAGUGGCAUUUGUUGUUAAGACCAUUGUCCUUUCUCAGUCCAGGACUGUGUUCCUCAAAUAUGUUGUAGAGGACAAAUGUCUGUCCUCAGCCCCCUGUUCCAUGCUGAGAUUUUCUAGAAAUUACAUUACUUGGGGUAGAACCUUCCCAGGUGUGGCACUUAGCCACCACCGAGUGUGAUGCAGUGAGUGAGUAUCCUCCACCUGUGGGUCCCUCAGAAAACCCGUAGAGUCAGAUGCAGAGGACCUGGACUGUUUGCUAGCACCCACACAUUACCAUAAUAGUGAUGUUACUUGAGAAAAUGCAUUAACACUUGGUGCCAACUCGCACACUAGCUGAAGUGACUGGUGCCCCCUGAGACAUGUCUGCGUUCAGAAAACCUUAUUGUGCCCAGAGAAAAACUGUUCAGAAUCCCGUUCUCAUGGUCUCUCAUUUUGAGCUCCAUGGUGAAAUGUUUUAAUGCACUCCACUUCGAAACUCUAAAGUAAUCCAUGUUUCUGUAGGAAGACGCUACCCAAACCCUGUCCGUUUUUUAAGACGUGCAUUUGUUUGCUUUUCAGGAUCAAGAGUACUGAGCUAGCUUUAAGUAGCAAACUGAUUUAUAUAUGCAAUUUUAGGAUGCAGUAAGAUGAAUGAUAGCCUUUACCCAUGAAACACUCUUACUGCAGCUCUUUAGUUUUGAGAAUAGCUUUGCAUACUAACUGCAGGUUGAUUUUGUAAAAUGAAUUAUGUUAAACAGUAUGUUCAGACAACUUUCUGCCAUGGCCAAAAAGUAUGUAUGAAAGUAUGUUUGCAUUUGUCUGUGAAAGGAUGCCAAUGUUUUCCCUGAGAUCUUAGUGACACUUCGGUUAUCUAUGCAUUCUUUAUAUCUGUGAUUCGGUAAACAGGCAGCCGCGGUCACUAUAUGCCUUGGGUGUCUUAUCAUUUUUUUAAUUAACUUGUUAAAUACAGCUUAAAAUAUUUUUAUUUUAUUUAUUCUAUUUUUACUGAAAUAUACUGCAUUGUUGUGUUAAUGUGUUCUCUUUCCUGGGUAUAAUGUCAGUGUACCCGGAACUAAGUAAUCUCAGUGAACUACAUCACCUCGAUGGUGGUUUUGUAAUGAUUUGUAGUCACAUUUCUAUUGGACUAUGUGGAAGCAAGGGCAAAAUGCUUAAAGUUCCUUUUAUUUUUUAAAAGCAACUAGGUAGAUGUGCUCUUACCACCUUACCUGUGUUCCUUGGCAGCAUCAACGUGGUAGCCAACAUGCCUGUGGCUAAGGACUUUCCUUUGUAGACUAAGGCACUGUGUGGUGCUUCAUUUUUAUAUCCUUCAUAAAGCGUGUGAUUUCAUCAGAGAGAUACGCGUAUCUCCACGUGCCCUUUGUUUCCACCUGGAUUCAAGCUCACCCACAGCUAAUUAGAACCAUUGUUUGGUUUGUCUGUCUGUCUGUCUUAUUGCAUGAAGGGACAUUAGACCCAUUUCCAUUAAAACAAAUUCUUGGUGAUACAACUGUUGGCGCUGCUGCUUUUUUUUUUUAAAUCCACAGUAGGUAUUUAAGGAGGACACAUAACAAACCACUCAAAACAGGGCCACGCGUAGCCCCAAAGCUUCCCUUCGUGUAUAGCACACACUCACUCUAUGAGCACUGCAACACAAGAUUUCAAAAACCACGUGGAAAAAUGCCUCCCUGACAUUGGCACAAUUAAUCAAACCAAAAGCUCUCUAGUUGGCUGGGUUUAACCUAACAUCCGAUGUGUUUACAGCCAGUAAGAAAGCAAUUGGACUUGUUUCAGCAUACUGGGGGUGUGGCUCGGUGGCAGAGCUUGCAUAAGAUGUGCCUUGCAGGGCUCUGAGUUUAAUCCCUGGAACCACAGGGUGGGGAAGGCUUGCACUUCAAGGCAAAGAUCUUUGCUUGCAUCUGUGAGCGCGUUGCCAGGCAGCCACGUGGGCCACUUCCUCCUGGAAGGACAUCUUGUUUUCUCUUUGAUGCCUUUUGCUGUUGACCACGCCUACACAUUGAAAUGUAAGAUGUUGCGAGAAUAAAUGUAGCUGCGUACAAUGUUUGACUCACUUCCCUGACAAACGGCCACAGAUAUAAGAAACAGACACAAACUUAGUGUCUCUGCAGUUGUUCUUUUAUUUUUGUAUUAUUCUUACUUCAAAUUAAACUUUUUCAAACUCA